GAAUCAUACACGAGGACCGGACAAGACCCUCUAGUUCAUCAUUUCAUCGUCUCACUUAGGGUUUACUUCACUCCCCCUCCCCCCUCUAUUCCUCCACAAAGCUAUGUCAUGAUCCCAAUGAAUUGAAUUGAAUUGAAUUCUCCAAACCCUAAAAGAAAUCAUAACUCUUUUUAAAAUAUAAAAUAAAGACUGAAAAAAAAAACAUGUCAACAACUCUCCCUCCAAUGGAGUGUUUGUAUGUAACCGAAGAAUUUCUCCGUGAAUUGAAGGGCGGAAACCAUAGCUUCCGUCUCCCUCACCCCGUGCCUAUUCUUCGAUUUCUCUACGAGCUCUCCUGGAACUUGGUUCGAGGAGAACUGCCGUUUCAAAAGUGUAAAGCGGCUCUGGAUUCUGUGGAGUUUGUUGAUAAAGUGUCUGCCGUAGGGCUGGGUUCGAAUUUCGCUGAUAUUAUUACUCAAAUGGCUCAAGAUCUAACAAUGUCUGGAGAGUACCGUUCUCGUCUCAUAAAGUUGGCAAAAUGGCUGGUCGAAUCUGCAUUGGUACCAUUGAGGUUUUUCCAAGAGCGUUGUGAGGAGGAAUUUCUGUGGGAAGCUGAAAUGAUAAAGAUAAAGGCUCAAGACUUGAAGGGCAAAGAGGUCAGGGUAAACACUCGUCUUCUUUAUCAGCAAACAAAAUUUAACCUUCUCCGUGAAGAGAGUGAGGGCUAUGCCAAACUGGUUACUCUUCUCUAUCAAGGUUCUGAAGAUACAACUGAAAAUACAUCAGCAGCGACAAUAGGCAUCAUUAAGUCAUUGAUUGGUCAUUUUGAUUUGGACCCAAAUCGUGUUUUUGACAUUGUUUUAGAGUGUUUUGAACUUCAGCCUGAUAGCAAUGUCUUUUUGGAAUUGAUACCCAUCUUUCCUAAGUCGCAUGCAUCGCAAAUUCUUGGUUUUAAGUUUCAAUAUUAUCAGAGAAUUGAAUUAAGUAGCCAUGUCCCAUUUGGGCUCUAUAAGCUUACGGCUUUGCUGGUGAAGGAAGAGUUCAUUGAUCUUGAUAGCAUAUGUGCACAUUUACUUCCCAAGGAUGAUGAGGCUUUUGAGCAUUAUAAUACGUUUUCUUCUAAACGGCUGGAUGAGGCUAACAAAAUUGGGAAAAUAAAUCUGGCUGCUACUGGAAAAGACCUCAUGGAUGAUGAGAAACAAGGAGAUGUGACUGUAGAUCUUUUUGCUGCCUUAGACAUGGAAGCUGAGGCAGUAGCUGAACGAUUCUCUGAGCUUGAAAACAAUCAAACUCUAGGCUUGCUAACUGGUUUCCUUUCUGUGGAUGACUGGUAUCAUGCCCAUAUACUUUUUGAACGUCUCUCUCCUCUCAAUCCAGUUGCACAUACUCCAAUAUGUAAUGGCUUAUUUAGGCUCAUUGAAAAGUUGGUCUCAUCAGCAUAUAAUAUUAUUCGUCAAACACAUAUUCAAAGUUGUGGGUCACCAAGAAUUGCUGGUAUUGAUGCUAUGGGCGUGACAAGUUCUUCAGGCCAUGUCUCUUUCAUUGAUCUUCCCAAAGAGUUUUUUCAGAUGCUUGUCACUGUUGGACCUUAUCUUUACCGUGAUACAUUAUUGCUGCACAAGGUGUGUAGAGUGUUAAGAGGUUACUAUAUGUCUGCACUUGAGCUUGUAGAUAGUGGUGAUGGAGCUCUAAAUGGUGAACUUCUUAUUCCUGGAAAUCGAGUUCCUCGUUUGCACCUAAGGGAAGCUAGGUCAAGGGUUGAGGAAGCCCUUGGAGCAUGUUUACUUCCUUCUUUACAGUUGGUACCUGCAAAUCCAGCUGUUGGGCAGGAGAUCUGGGAAGUAAUGAAUCUCCUUCCUUACGAGGUGCGAUAUCGUUUAUAUGGUGAAUGGGAAAAAGAUGAUGAGCGGAAUCCAGUGGUUUUGGCUGCAAGACAAACAGCCAAGUUGGAUACUAGAAGGAUAUUGAAAAGGCUUGCGAAGGAAAAUUUGAAGCAGCUGGGUAGGAUGGUUGCAAAAUUAGCUCAUGCUAACCCGAUGACUGUCCUUAGAACAAUUAUUCACCAGAUUGAGUCGUACAGGGAUAUGAUCUCUCCUGUUGUAGAUGCUUUCAAGUAUUUGACUCAGCUCGAGUAUGAUAUUUUGGAAUAUGUUGUUAUUGAGCGGUUAGCGCAAGGUGGCCGUGAUAAGCUGAAAGAUGAUGGCCUUAAUUUGUCAGACUGGCUUCAAUCACUGGCUUCAUUCUGGGGUCACCUGUGCAAGAAGUAUCCAUCUAUGGAAUUGAGAGGCCUUUUCCAGUAUCUAGGAAAUCAGUUGAAAAAGGGCCAGGGGAUUGAGCUUGUUCUUCUGCAGGAGCUUCUUCAACAAAUGGCAAAUGUUCAAUACACAGAGAACCUAACAGAGGAACAGUUGGAUGCAAUGGCAGGGAGUGAGACUCUUCGGUAUCAAGCUACUUCUUUUGGUGUAACCCGAAAUAACAAGGCACUGUUCAAAUCUGCUAACAGGCUACGAGACUCGUUGCUUCCUAAGGAUGAACCGAAGCCAGCGAUCCCCCUUUUGUUACUUAUUGCUCAACAUCGUUCUGUGGUUGUCAUAAAUGCGGAUGCACCCUACAUUAAAAUGGUCAGUGAGCAGUUCGAUAGGUGUCAUGGAACCCUUCUUCAAUAUGUGGAAUUCCUCUGUAGUGCUGUGACACCACCCUCAGCAUAUGCUCAGUUGAUUCCCUCUCUUGAUGAUCUUGUCCACCUGUACCACCUUGAUCCUGAGGUUGCAUUUUUAAUAUAUCGCCCAGUCAUGAGGCUUUUUAAGUGCGCUGGCAGUUUAGAUGUUUUCUGGCCCUUGGAAAACAAUAAAACAAUAACUAAUACAAGUGCAAUCCUGGAGCCUGAAGCCAUAGAAUAUUCUGGCAGAGUGAUUCUGGAUCUUGGCUCUUCCCAUAAGUCUGUAACGUGGUCGGAUCUUCUUGAGACUGUGAAAACCAUGUUGCCUUCAAAAGCCUGGAAUAGUCUCUCACCUGAUCUCUAUGCAACUUUUUGGGGACUCACACUUUAUGAUCUCUAUGUUCCUAGAAACCGUUACGAGUCUGAAAUUGCCAAGCAGCAUGCUGCUCUUAAAGCUCUGGAAGAGCUUUCUGAUAAUUCUAGUUCAGCAAUUACUAAAAGGAAGAAAGAGAAGGAAAGGAUUCAAGAAUCUCUUGAUCGUUUGACUAGUGAGCUCCGUAAACAUGAAGAUAAUGUUUCGUCUGUUCGUAGACGACUCUCUUGUGAAAAGGACAAAUGGCUGACUUCCUGUCCUGAUACUUUGAAAAUCAAUAUGGAGUUCCUUCAGCGUUGUAUUUUUCCCCGUUGUACUUUCAGCAUGCCAGAUGCUGUUUAUUGUGCCAUGUUUGUACAUACUCUUCAUUCACUUGGCACUCCGUUUUUCAACACAGUAAACCAUGUUGAUGUUCUGAUAUGUAAAACAUUGCAACCUAUGAUAUGCUGCUGUACUGAAUAUGAAGCAGGUAGACUUGGAAGGUUUUUGUACGAGACGUUAAAGAUUGCUUACUACUGGAAGAGUGACGAAUCUAUAUAUGAACAUGAGUGUGGAAAUAUGCCUGGAUUUGCUGUGUAUUAUAGAUUUCCAAACAGCCAACGGGUUACAUAUGGUCAAUUCAUCAAGGUACACUGGAAAUGGAGUCAGAGAAUGUCUCGGCUAUUGAUUCAGUGUCUGGAAUCAUCUGAGUACAUGGAAAUUCGAAAUGCUCUUAUUUUGUUGACAAAAAUUUCCGGUGUUUUUCCAGUAACUAAAAGGAGUGGUAUUAACCUUGAAAAACGAGUAACUAGAAUCAAAAGUGAUGAAAGGGAGGAUCUCAAAGUUUUGGCAACAGGUGUCGCUGCAGCUUUGGCUGCUAGAAAGCCUUCUUGGAUUACAGAUGAAGAAUUUGGCAUGGGAUAUCUUGAAAUAAAGCCUCCAUCUGCUGCAUCAAAAUCUUUAUCUGGAAAUGUAGCUGCAGCACAAAAUAGUUCUGCCCUUAAUGUUUCUCAAGGUGAACCUGCUGAGGGAAGAACGCCUCUCACUGGAAGCCAACAUGGAGAUCCUGGGAAUUCAACCAGAGAGCAGAUAUCCAGAGCAAAACAUGCUGAUGGGAGGUCAGAUAGAACAGACAAUGCCUCCCAUUCGAAAUUUGAUCAAGGGCAUCCAAAAUCCAAAGGUGGUUCAUCAACCAAUGGGUCAAAUGCUCAGUCAGCUGGUUCUGCAGGUACUGUUCAUGUAGGAGCAUCAAGAUCAGCAGAAAAUCGAAAGGGGGUGGAUGAUUCAUCAAAUAGAACAUUGGAGGAUGGCACUGUCAGAACUGCUCCAAAGCACUUAGCGGAGUCUGAGAUGAAAAUUUCCACAAAGCGGCUGGUUUCCAAAACAAUAAAGCAAGAUGAUGUAAAAGAUGAUCAUAAAUCUGGAAAAGCUGUUGGCCGAACUCCAUCCUCAUCCACAAGUGACAAAGACAUCCAGGUUCAUUUAUCAGAGGGCAGGCAAGGGGCUGCGGCUAAUGUUUCUUCUGCACUCACAUUGAAUGGUAAUGCAGUUUCAACAUCUGGAAAAAUCUCUACUCUGUCUACAAGAGCAUCUGAUUCUUAUGGUGCUGAAUCAAAAUCAGAUAGUGGACUUAACAAAUCUAUUCCAAAAGCUGAAGCAACUGAAGUUGCUGAUGUGCAGAAGCCACCUCAACUUGUUCAUUCUCCUAGGCAUGAUAACUCUAUUGCUGCUUCAAAGUCCAGUGAUAAGUUGCAAAAAAGAACGAGUCCUGCUGAAGAACCUGACAGAUCAAGUAAACGGCGAAAAGGGGAUGGUGAAUUGAGAGAUUUAGAGGGUGAAGUUAAAUUCUCUGAGAGAGAGAGGUCCACAGAUACUCGAUCUGCGGAACUUGAUAAAGUGGGAAAUGAUGAACAGAAUAAGCAUAGGAGUACGGAUAAACCUUUGGAUAGGUCAAAAGAUAAAGGUAAUGAUAGAUAUGAUAGGGAUCAUCGGGAAAGAUCAGAGCGUCCUGAUAAAUCCCAUGGGGAUGAUAGUUUAGCUGACAGAUCCAGAGACAAAUCAAUGGAAAGAUAUGGAAGAGAGCGUUCGGAUGAGAGAGGGAUGGAUAGGGGUACUGAUAGGAGUUUCGAUAGACUAGCUGACAAAGCCAAAGAUGACAGAAGCAAGUUACGAUACAAUGAUACAUCUGCUGAAAAAUCUCAGGGUGAUGAUCGUUUUCAUGGGCAGAACUUGCCUCCACCACCACCUUUACCUCCUCACAUGGUUCCCCAGUCAGUUACUUCUGGUAGACGAGAUGAAGAUGCUGACCGAAGGUUUGGAACUACCAGACAUUCCCAAAGGCUUUCUCCUAGGCAUGACGAGAAAGAACGAAGACGAUCAGAAGAAAAUUCCUUGGUUUCACAGGAUGAUGGAAAACGAAGAAAAGAGGAUGAUGUUCGUGAGAGAAAGCGAGAAGAGCGAGAGGGGUUGUCAAUUAAGGUGGAAGAGAGGGAAAGAGAAAGAGAGAGGGAGAAAACCCAUCUCUUGAAGGAGGAAAUGGAUGCUGGUGCAGCUGCUAAGAGACGGAAAAUUAAAAGAGAUCAUCUGCCAACUGGGGAAGCUGGUGAAUAUUCUCCUGUUGCCCCACCACCUCCUCCCCUUGGUAUUGGCAUGUCACAAUCAUAUGAUGGUAGGGAUAGGGGAGAUCGGAAGGGGGGCACGAUUCAGCGAUCAAGUUACUUGGAGGAACCUUCCAUGAGGAUUCAUGGUAAAGACGUAGCUGGCAAGAUGGCUCGUCGUGAUGCUGAUCCAAUGUAUGACCGGGAAUGGGAUGAGGACAAGAGGCAGAGGGCUGAACAAAAGCGGAGGCACCGCAAGUAGUGGAUGGGCCAUAGCUUGAGAUGUAUUUUCUGGAUGGGCCAUAGCGUGACCGGGAAUGGAUGUGCUUGAUUGUGUGAAUUCCUGUUCUUAAUUCUUUUAUCCAUUUAAUUCUACCACAGUUCAAGAUUUUUGCCAGUUCCUGUUCUUAAUUGGCAAGUUAGAUUUAUGCCCUUUUUGUAUGCUAUUGUAAAAGUGUGAGCUAUGGAGUACAGUGCAACUUGCCAAUUCUCUCCUAAACCAAGUGUAAAAAUAAAUUUUGAGGUAGAUUUUCUUGCUUCCUAUCCCUUCUAUGUUU